CCUACCCCAUGCCACUGACUGAACUUCCGUCCCAUGUUCAAAGCCACGACCUCCGCCCGGCACAGACCCGGCCAAGGAAACAGCUUGUCGACAUUAAUGGCCAGAUACAAUAAUCAAGGCCUUCAACGAUACAGCUUAAAAGACAAGGAACAUAAAAUCCGGAGGCGAAAAAGAUCUUGGGGGUUUCAACACUCUGUUAUUCUAAAAAACAGCUGGGCGUUGCCACUCUUGUUGACAAUUGUAUUACCUGUUAUUUACGCCAUUCACCCUGUUGAAUCCAAGUUCUUUGGCCAUUUCAUCCUGUUGUCGUAUAGACAUGGUUCUGUAACUGAUGGGAUGGCAUUUCCAGUAGCCCAGUAUAAAAAGGGUCUAUGGGACUUGGCUUUUGUUGCCUUUUACGCCAAUGCUCUAUUUCUCGCCCGCAAGUUUAUCAUGAAGAGGCUUCUGCGGCCUCUAGCGCUCAAGAAUAAUGUCUCGACAAUGGGGAAGCAGCAGCGGUUUAUGGAGCAGAUGUACACGGCGUGCUACUUUGCUGUAAUGGGUCCUUUUGGACUAUAUGUUAUGAAGACCACGCCUGGACUGUGGAUUUUCCAGACACAUGGCAUGUACGACUCGUACCCUCAUCGAAGCCUUGGGCCAGCAAUCAAAUUCUAUUACCUUUUACAAGCAGCCUAUUGGGUACAGCAAAGCGUUGUACUGGUGCUUCGUCUAGAGAAGCCUCGAAAGGAUCACAUGGAACUUACAGUACACCACAUUAUCACCAUUACACUCAUUGCCCUCAGCUACCGGUUUCAUUUCACGCACAUUGGCAUAUCCAUGUACAUUACUCACGAUAUCAGUGACCUUUUUCUAGCAACUUCUAAAUCACUUAAUUACCUUAGCCACCGCCUCCAGACACCAGCUUUCUGCCUCUGUGUCAUUGCCUGGAUUUACUUGCGGCAUUAUACCAAUUGGCGAAUCCUUUAUUCAGUCUUGACGGAAUUUCGUACCGUUGGUCCUUUCGAGCUUGACUGGGAGGCAGAACAGUACAAAUGCCAAUUAUCUCAGUUCAUCACUUUUGGACUCUUGGCUACUCUGCAAACCCUCAACAUCAUAUGGCUCUAUUGUCUGUUGCGAAACGCCUAUAGAUUGCUGUUCCUGCGUAUCGCCAAAGACGACCGAUCUGAUACAGACAAGUCAGAAAUCGAGCAUGGGGACUAAGUAAGUGGCGAUGGAAUCUUUGGAUGCGAAAGGGGGUACAUUGCACCAACUAUAUGUACAUGAUUUGGCAGCACGAUGCUUAUAUUAAUAUGUUUUCUAAUAUCUCACUAUCUCACUCUUCAUUGCAAUGGAUGUUGCAUCUCAAGUCUUUCUUGACUCCAUCUACCAUUUGUGCCGCGCCGUUAGAGCCAACACGACGCCCAGGUUGUAGUUGAGAUUGCUGCCAGCCAGAACCAUUUGCAACAGGCUCUGAGUCUUCUUCAUCACUUUCGACAUCGCUCCUGACAUCUUCUGCAGCCCUUCCAUCCAAGACACCAAUGGCGACUUUGCAAAUGAAUCCGAACCAGAUCAUCAUCAAGACUUGAAG